AUGAUUUCAAGCUCUGGAUUCGACGAACAUCGAUGGAUCAUUCACAUCCGGAGAACCCUGGAUGAAGAUCCAGAAGAAGAAGCUGAUAUUCCUGUUAGCAUAUUUGAUGUCCCCAAAUCUCUGCUUUUUAACAAUGUGGAUUCUUAUAUACCUCAACAGAUUGCACUAGGGCCUUAUCAUUAUUGGCGUCCUGAGCUCUAUGAGAUGGAAAGAUAUAAGCUUGGUUCAGCCAAGAGAACGCUGAGAAGUCUCCGAAGUGUUAGGUUUCAGCAGCUUGUUGAUCAGUUUACACUUAUUGAGCCAACUAUUCGGGCUUGUUAUCAUAAGUACCUUGAUGUCAGUGGUGAAACACUUGCAUGGAUGAUGGUCAUUGACGUGUCGUUUCUGCUUGAAUUUUUGCACAUUUACGCGGUGAAAUCACAAGGGAAGGUCUUAAGGAGAAUAAGUUCUAGAAUGUCUCAUUUGAUUGAUUUUGCAGAGAGGAAGUCAGCACAUAAUGCCAUUCUUAGGGACAUGAUUAUGUUGGAGAAUCAGAUUCCGAUGUUUUUGUUAAGGAAGAUGCUGGAAUUUCAGCUGUCGUCUGUAGAAACAGCAGAUGACACGUUGCUCUCGAUGCUAGGAGGAGUAUGUAAAGCCCUGUCACCGUUUAAAAUGAUCAUGGACUUAAAUUCUGUUCUUAUUAGAGAUCAGGCACACGUACUGGGGUUUUUGUACCAGAUGAUCAUGCCUACGAAACCCGAAGGCCAGCUGUCUGAACUCAAUGAAUCAGAGGGUCAAGAUGAAACAAAGGAAUCUCAAGAAAAGAUUUCUUGUAUUGGUAAAAAACUCCUUGACAAAGUAUCGCGAUUUUUGUCAGUUAUGAUAGGUUUUUGUAAGAGAAUUUUACUGUCUAGACAUGUUAAGGCUAUUUUACGAUUUCCUUGGUUGAUCAUUUCUAACUUGCCUGGAUUUAGUACUCUGAAACAACCUAUCGAAUAUCUUUGUUGUUCGAGAGAUAAAGACGAGGAGAUGAAGGCUGGAAAUUGUAGUAAAGAAAAUGAUCAUAACAAGCCUCCAAUGGUCGAAGAGAUCUCCAUUCCUUCUGUCACUGAACUUUUUAAGUCCGGAAUAAGUUUUGUACCUACAAAUGGCAGUGUCAUGACAUUAGGUUUUAAUUCCAAAACAUCGACAUUCUUCCUCCCAACCAUUACUCUGGAUGUAAACGCAGAGAUUGUCUUGAGAAACUUGGUAGCCUACGAGGCUUGCAAUGCAUCAGGGCCAUUGGUUUUCACGCGUUACACUGAACUAAUGAAUGGAAUCAUUGACACAGAAGAAGAUGCAAGAUUGCUUAGAGAAAGCGGAGUUGUGUUGAACCUUUUGAAGAGUGAUGAAGAGGUUGCCAAUUUGUGGAAUGGAAUGAGCAGGUCAAUUAGAUUGACAAAAGUGCAAUUCUUGGAUAAAAUGAUUGAAGAUAUAAACAAGUAUUACAAUGGAAAGUGGGCAAUCAAAAUCGAAAAGUUCAUCAAGCUAUAUGUUUUCAAGUCCUGGAAAAUCCUCAUAUUGGUUGCUGCUGUUCUACUACUGGUUUUGAUGAGUUUACAAGUGUUUUUCUCAAUGUACAGGCUCUAUCAUUUGUUUCAUAUGACGAAUAUAAGAUGAUUCUACACUUCGCGGAACUAUAUUUCAAUUGCCAAGACAAAUAUACACUCUUUUCUCUGAAUGCU